UGUGCCCUGUGCGAUCAUCGCCGAGCGAAACUGCGUCGAGGGGUGAACGCGAAGGAAGGGGGAGGGAGGGAGAAAGCGGUACCCCUUGUCGCGCACCUUCUUCUCUCCCCCGCGCUUCCGUUCUCCCUUCCUCUCGCCCGCGAGCGAGAGAGAGAGAGAGAGAAAAUAUUCUCCGCGAGUCGUCCGCUCGACGACGGUAACCUGCCUACGACGACGACAAGCGGGUCCGCGUUCCCGAGAAACGGACGACCGUCGGGCGACACCACCGGGAACGUCGUGCUCCGACCGUCCCUCCUUCGUGGCGACCGUUAAAUCGGCGUGGGUCGAUCGAGAGCCGGGGAGAGUAGGGGGAGGAAGAGGCGAUAUUUAGCCGGCGGAGGGAACAGCAGGAGAGAGAGAGAGAGAGAGAGAGCGCUUCCUCCUCGAGGCCGAUUAACAGUUGGCCCGAGGGACGCGAGACGAUCGGAGUCGGCUUCUUCGGAGCGGCCGCGAGCCUCGGCCGAGGCGCAAUAAAUAUCGACCACCGGGAGUGGAGGCUUAGCGAUGCGAAAAGUGGACCAUUCGAUCGGGCCACGUCAUAUCUCGUAGCGCACCGUCGUCGCGCGCGUCGUCGAAAAGGCGCGAGAUGCCCCACGAUCGCGACAUGUGCACGUUCCCGGGGGGGUGGCUCGUGCGCUACCGAGCGUUAGGCGCGCGAUGCUCCCGUCGUGUUUGCGCUCUCUGCGCGGCAGCCCGCCAGAGGAGACCCCUUCGCUAUAGUAGACCCCUCGCGGAUUAGACGAACGCUAGUGCAGUGCGCCGAUUCCUCGGGAUCCGUCCGUCGAAGGAUGCCAAGCGAGGCUCUCCCGGAAUCGAAGGAGAAACGUUAGGGGUGCUAGCCAUCGCGAAAUGUUACGCAUCGAGAUGUCAUGGUCGGUAAACAUGUAUAGCAUCAAUUCUCUACGCGGUUCCUCUAUCGUAUCGAACAAUAGUCGACAUCGGUUCAUCUUGCGGUAGAGUGCGCUAGGAAAAAAAAAGGUACAAGUUUAGGAAGGUGUCCAUUUCCUCCCGCGAUUUCGACUAAUGGAUGAUAUUCUGGUCCGCGCGGAUCCGCGCCAAUUGCCGAUAUAGUAAUACGAUGAUGCAUUCGUGGCAAUGCCAACGCAGUGAUGGUGUAAGGUGAUACACAGUGCUCAUGCGACCGUUACAUUUUUCGGAUGUUCUACCGCACAUGUUAAGUGGGCGUGCGGGGGUGACUGGAGUGAUGGGAUGGGGCCAGAGCCCCAUGGAGUUCGGGUAGACCCGUCUCCGGCCCAGCUCCCCAGCCCCCUCCGCCAUCGAUAUCGACACCGCUCCUGCCAACGACGCAGAGGGCCGCCUCGAUCGCGAUGGAGGCCUCUAGCAAUCAACAACAGAAAGAGAAGGAGCCACGCAUUCACAGGCCUUACGCCUUCGACAAGAUGGAGGGGCUGGUGCGGGAGAUGCAAGACCCUGAGAGCGGGGUACCCGUGCGCAGCCAAAAACAAUUUCUCACCUCGAUCCCUUCAGCGUUCAUGGGUGAGUGCCAUCGGUACCUGCGUUGUGGAGUAAGCGUAACCGGCCAUCACGGCCAGGACACUACAGUAGGCUGCCUGCGUGUUGCAGGUUACGACCUCAUCGAGUGGCUGAUGGAGCGGCUUGCCAUCGAAGAAUCAGUAGAGGCGGUCCAUAUUGCUAAUCAACUAUGCCAGUAUGGCUACUUCUUCCCAGUGAAUGACUCCAAGACACUCACUGUAAAGGAUGAUAGCUCUCUGUAUAGAUUUCAGACACCCUAUUAUUGGCCGUGGCAACACAGAACCCCUGACAAUGUCGAGUACGCGAUCUAUCUGGCUAAACGAACCCUGAAGAACAAACAACGUCACGCUCUCGAGGACUAUGAGAUCGAAGCUUUGAACAGCCUGCGCAAGAACUUGCAGAACAAAUGGGACAUAAUACAACUACAGGCGGAAGAGCAGAUUCAGGUACGCCUGUCCAAGGAGCGCAAAAAGGGGGACAAGAUAGUGAGCGACUCGCAGGAGCGAGCAUUUUGGAGGGUCUAUCGGCCGCCACCUGGUUGUCUCAGUAGCCUGGAAGUCGUGCCUGUACCUACUCGUUUUCGUCCCGGACUUCCACGACCACCGUCACGCAAACGUACCCUCGCCGAUUUGCAACGCGAGGUGGACCUUUUACGGAACAGUUUGAUACGCACGAGGAUAAAGGUUUCGACCGCGAUCGAAAAUUUGAAAUCAUACUUCAACACGUACGUGGAAUACGACCCGAUGUUCGUACAGCCGCAACCUUCCAAUCCAUGGAUCACCGACGAUCAUACGUUUUGGCAAUUGAAUAGUCCAUUAGUGGAAGUUCCUACCGAGAAACGUGUUAAACGAUGGGCGCUGUCGAUGGAAGAACUUAUGUCUGAUCCUACAGGUUUACAAGAAUUCACAAAUUAUUUAAGAAAGGAGUACAGCCACGAAAAUAUAAGAUUUUGGCUGGCAGUCAAAGAUCUCAGGCAUAGUUUCCAAGCACAAAUACCUGACAAAGUCAACGAAAUUUUUAGAGAAUUCCUGGCGCCUGGAGCUCCCUGCGAAAUCAACAUUGAUGGGAAAACGAUGGAGAAGGUUCAUCAGGAGAUGAAGAAUCCGAGCAGAUUUACAUUUGAUUCCGCCGCGGAGCAUGUAUAUACAUUACUCCUGAAGAAGGAUUGCUAUCCUAGAUUUAUUCGCUCCGAUCAGUAUCGUAAUCUCUUAGCCGCUGGAGUGCAACCUCUACAAAAAAAGAGAUUUUUCGGCUUCGGCGGUCAAGCCAAGAAGAAAGUUUCCUCCACUUCGACACCGACGACUAGCACUUUGCAGCACGCUAAUAUAGGUAGCGGGGGCGGCGGGGGCGGCGGCGGCGGUAGACGAAGAGGAAGCGACCGGAGCCUAUCCGGGAGCGCUCACGAGCUAACCGUGUGCGGUGUCCUCCGCGACGUGUCCUCCGCGCCACGAGUGCCGCACUCUCACAGCCAAUCGAACCUCACCGACAUCCCAUACAGGGGAGAUCUACCACGACUUGUAAAGAUACCUUCGAGGCCUAGUCCACGUAGUAUUCAGGAUGCUGGCGCGACGGAAGUAGCGGUUCGCCCUAUGGACGACGUGUGCCCGUGGGAGUCCGCGCCGGGCCCGAGCACCGAGCACGGUGCGGAUGCCGUUCCCUCUGGAGGGACAGCGUCAGCUGAUCAGGCCCGGCACGUGUGGGACAGCGGCGGUCACGCGACGAUUCACACCGCCGAGGCAGCGCGCGUCUCUCGCAAGAACUCGGCGCAGCUGGACUCGUGCAGCUCGUCGUCGGACGUCAGCCUCGCCAUGAUCGAGGUCACCGAGCGGCUGCGCAAGUCGACAAGCUUGACGCAUGGCACAGUGGGCGCAGCGACUUCGGGUCCCGGUACGAUAACGCGAAACUAUUCCACUUGCUCGGCGAGCGGUCGUAUCAGGCUGUCGGAGAUGAGUCGCGCGUCCGUGUCAUCCUGCAACUAUCCGUCGCCUCAUCAGUCAUUCGAGUACUCCCACGUGGUCGUCGAGAAGGUGGAAGAGAGAUCCUCCCUGGAGAAAAUCGUGCCCGAGGAGGAGACGUCCACGGAAUCCGUCGUCGUUAAAGAGAGCCAAUCGAGUCCCAAGGCGACCGCGAAGGCGCCUCUGAUCAGCAUCAGCGCGAUCGUGGGCGACCUGCCGAGCGACAACUCCACGAUGGAGAACAUCGACGAAGACGCGAGCGAGAGCUGCACAGCGAGGGACGCGGGGGAUAUCGUCGAGGACAGAACGAGAGGCGAGACCGACUCGCGGGCCGACACCGGGGCGGACGUGUCGCCGGUGGCCGAGGAGGAACCGGCGACGACCGAGGAGCCGCCGGACGAGGUGCAGGUCGUACCUGUCUGGGAACCGGACGCCCAACAGGAAGACCGACCGGCGACGGCGCAAGCGGCGCCUCGGGAGAAGCGUGACAAUAAUGUUAACGAAGUAUGCCCGUGGGAGGACGAGGAAAACUGUAGAGUGGAUGCGCCCUAUGUAAAAACCUAUGCGACUUUAGGUUACCUGUAAUUUUUGUCGUGUUGAUAUAUUCAAAGAAAACAAAGUAUCUUUGCAUUUUACAUUUACGACAGUCACACAAAUUCGAUUUCGAUUUUCACUUUGAUCCACUUUACCGAGCUCGCGUGUUCAGAUCGUCACACGCGGCAAAGAUACCGCGCUUCAAUCAUCGCGUUAUUUAAACGGCAAACAUUUUUAGUUGGAAUCAAGCUCGCGGAAGCCAUGAAGGAUCUAAUCAAACGAGCGCAUCAAACGAGCGCUAUCGAUAAAUUCGCGAUAUCGCGGCGGAAAUGACGGUGUUUUGCGCGCAGGGUAAAGAAUCGCGGGCAAAUUGCUCGAUAGAAUCGACUUAUUUCGACGCGAAAACAUAUACGUCGGCAUCUAGUCGCUGUUAAUAUUUACACUGUAUGGCCUAACGACCCGAUUCGUUUGCUCGGAGUCACGAGGAUUCACAACAUAUGGAUCCACUUUGAUCUCUUUCGUCUUUUCCGACUUCUAUUAAUCAUUACUAUUUACCAUUCUUAGCAUACGCGAGUCAUAUUAAAAAGUACGCGGAAAUUAUUUGUGAAAACGUUAAAGAGACGGGCGCUGUUGUUCAUAGAGACAUUAGAGCGUAGUCUCUAACGUUGUUCGUAGAUUACCGUAGUUUAACGUAGAUCGAGAAAAAAACGUGUGUCGCAUGAGACGCAAGUAGGUAGAUCGUGUCGCUCCGUGUUGAAGCAACGUUCAAAGGUAACGUUGCCAGACAGGGACAAUUAACGAGUAAAUUCGUGCGCGCGGAUUGGGAGCUCUUUAUUCUCAUUUUGAUUCGGUAUCUCGCGCAAACGCACGCUCGUAGAGCGCCAGCCAAAUCUGAGCCCUUUGGCCGCUCUCCAUGGUCGCGCUUUUCCCGGAUACCCUCUUUUUCGCGUUCGCGAAACGUUACGUUUCGAUGUGGGUCCCGUUGUGCGUUAUACGGUAAAGACGCGAUUCGCGUUUAAUCCGCCCCCCAAUUGACCGGAACUUUGAUUAACGGUGUCGUAUCGAAAAGACAUCGCGAUAUAUAUAUUUUUCCGAAAAAUAUAUUUUACCGAUAUUGCAUCCCAAUGCGUGACGCGUAAUCAUAAUUCAAGCGCAUCGAUGUGCACGUUUUCGUCUUAGAAUAAUCGCCUAGAGUUUAGCGUGUCUUACAUUGUGUCUUACGAGCGUUCGAUAUUAACUAUUGACAAAUUAUCGUGACCUGAUAUAUCGUAAGUGUCUAAUUACAGGUAUUUCGUGUUAUAGUACACGCCGCUUUGUCGCGAUCGCUCUGUCGGAUUAAUUAAAACCGAUGAUAGUCGAUGGCGGUUGCGGUGAUCUUACGGCGUUUCACUCGUUGGCCCUCGCUUGAGCGAAUCGCGCUCGCGAAUUUAUGACAUAAAACAAAUAAAAGAAUAAAAAAUAUUCGUGUGUGAAUUUCCAGAAUAGCGUGUGUCAAGUUCUUAAAGUAUCCGUUUUCGCCAUCGAAUCUCUGGUCCUGUCACUGCCCCAGGAACCUUGAUUCGAUGCUACAAAUCGAAAGAGAGAGGCUAUUUAAAAAUUGCAUAAAUUGUGCUCUUAACUGUAACCUCGGUGUUUUUUCGUGUCUAGUUUUAAAUUUAGAACGAAAUAAUUAUUCUAAUAAUUACAACACGCGUUUGUCUCACAUUCAAUCGCGAACUUAUGACGAUCCUAAUGGUCGAUUCCUCGUUUGCUUCGAUGGAGAGAAAUGGAUAACUUGAAUGGAAACGAAGAAUGAUCGCCUAAUUAGUAGCCCGUUUUACAAAAAGAGAUGGAAAGUAGAGAAUUCAUGAUGGAUUAUAAUAUGCUUGUAAGUCUUUUAUCAAAUAUUGAAUUUUUAUUUCGACAUUAAACUUCUUCGAUUAUCGAUAUAAUAUUUGCGAUUGUUUUCCUAGUUAUACGCAAUAGCGAGUGCGUGCACAAAAAAGCAAAAUACUCUCGAUUUUGAGCAAUUAUUUAAGUGCAAGAUGCCGUGUACGACUGGUCUGGACACGCGAGCGUAAUCAUAAGGAUUCUAAAAGUAUUCACGACGAUUGUACUAUUAAUUCAGCAGCUCAACUUAAGUAUCGUAAUGUUCUUAUGAUAGGUUAGCCGAUAAUAAGAUUAGAUUAACACGUCCCGCGCGAUUGAUGAUAGAAGGAAAAAUGAAGAUAAUAUAUACUUACUACAGUACGAUUUCGUUCGCAAUCAUAGCGAUCGCGAUACCGAACUACCUUUUCGAUUCGCCCGCGAAUUUUCUUGUACGAGUUGAAAAAAAUAUGGUCAAAUCUAUGAGAGGACUCACACAGAGGACUCGGACGUGUGCUGGAGAGAAACGCGAAUUCUAAGCAGUGGACGAGCCACGGAGCAAAUCAAAAAAAAAAAAUAUAUUACUCGCCUAAGGACGCUAUAUUCUGUGUAAAUAAUUUCCAACAUCAUCGCGUACGUCGCACUUUUUCUCGUGUCUUGGAAGAUGUACUCAUCAAGGACCUUGUUGUCGUACAACGCGGGGGCGCGCGCAAGUUUCACAAGCUAUCCGUCUGAUUAGAAUCGCGAGCUGAAAAAUUUUCCUAAUAAUAUUGUGGCAAAAUGAAUGAUAUAUAGAUAUAUAUAUUUUUUUUACAGUUAAUUAUAUCAAUAAUUAUGUUAAACGUACCGCACUGUUUUUAGCUGCAAUUUAUAAUCAAAUUACAAUCUCUAUUCGUCGAUUAACAGAUUUCAAGGCAGAAACGAUGGAUCUUGCGAUCGUUGCGAUCUUGAGCGCGCAUCCCUCACAUAUCGCAUUUUGUAUAACUUUAAACCGCGACGCCUGGUGUACAUCGAUUACACUUAGCAUGCCAUUAUCAGAACUGCAGGUUUUAGCUCGGAAAAUUACGUCGAGAGAGAUUAAUAAUGUUUAAUAUAUAAAACACACUCUGAAACAUUGAUAACAAUCCCUUUGCUAUUCCAAUGUUGCGAUUAACUCUUCAGCGUUAGAAAGGAACGUUACGAUUAUUUCAAGCAUGAUUAAUCUGGCAAAGAGAUGGCACUUAUAUGAUAUAACGAACGAAAUGUGAUUAGCGCUCGCAUAAUUAGCGUACGUAGGCAAAAUGAUAGUUAUGAAUAAAGUCCAGAGUAUCUUUCUAAAAUAUAAUGUAUACUGCUAAAAUAUUAUUACGUAAUGAAGGAAAUUAACUUGCAUAAAUUAUUCGUGUUUUGCAAGUUGCACUUUUUUAAAAAGUCUGUAAGAUCCGGUGCCACGAUACAUAUACAUACACAUAUAUAUUGUAACAUUGCUUUAUACAACGUUUCAAAGCGUUUUUGUUUUAUAGAAUGUUUUCACAGAAUUGUACAUACAUUGUUAAAAUAGUAUUUAUAUAUAUUUUCGUCAUACAUUUAUGAAUUAUAUUUUUAUCUAGAUAUAACCUGUAAGUAACAGCGUUUUUGUAAUAAACGCAAUAAUAUUUUUAUCACGUUUAUUACGAAGAGGCUGGAAAAAAUCUGUCGCAAAAUAAUUUUUAUUCACAAUCGCAAAAAAAUAAUAAUAGUUAUUAUUGUUAUUAUUUAGAAAAAAAGAUGAUUGUAUGUAGAUUAAAUGAGUUAAACAUCGCGUUUUUUCCUUAAAUUGGUAAAAAAAAUAUACACGAUAUUUUUAUUAUUAGAAAAACUCUAACCGCGUGGAUCCGUCAGAUCUAACCAAAAUUUAUGAAAUUUAGAUAUGCACCAAUUAAAAACCAGCGCACCAUCGCUUUUCCGCUGGAUUAAUGAUUAAUUAUUCGAUUUGCCAUGAAUCUUUGUAAUUAGUCGAGUACGAUGUUAUUUUGCGCCAAAUUGCGAAGUUUCGCAUAAACGCAUACGUGAAGCAAUUGUUCAAGUGUGUAUUUUCACACAGCAGCCUAAAGAUGUAAAUGCCAUCGAUAAGCGAGUGAAAAUUUUGCGUAUGAAUCUAUGUACUAGAUUUAAGAUUCCCAGGCAUCCUAGAAUUUAAUUACCUACGAAUGUAAGAGUUCCCUAAUUGAUUCUGAAGAUUCGAAACUUUAAGGAAUUUAGAUGUAUCGUUUAAUGUAUGGAUCUGUUGGUUCAAAAUGCUUGAUUUUGAAGAACGAAUUCUCUUACAAAUGUGCAAAGAUCUGAGAUGUGUCGAUAUAUCGAUCGAUGAGACGAUCUAAGGAUCCGGGAAUUUUAUUCUGUUUUUUUUUUUUUGAAUCUCCUCUUAAUUUAAUUUCUCCGAAUCUCGAUUUAAUCGCGCGAUUACAGGCAAAUUGUAUUUUCGUCAUAUAUCGUUGAGCGCGCAAAAAAAUUGUUAGGGAGAUUCAUGCAAUUAUCAUUUACUGUUUUAUUUUUCGCAAAAUUACAUUUUGCACAAAAACGCAUAUGGCGCAAUAUUUAUAAUACACAGAGCCUAAAAUGAAAAUGCUAGUGACAAUAGUAUAUGUUGCGUCGUUAAACUUGCGACAAAAGAAAUAUGAAAACGAAUUAUAUAGAUUCAAAAUCAUUUCCAAAAUUUAUGCUCCUCUCCCUUGUUCCUUAAUUAAUUAACUUGUCGCGUUGGAAUCGAAUCGAUGUCGUUUCGAUUAAUCCAUUUUCAUCAUCGAUCAGUUUGAAAUAAAUCUGAUCGUAAAUUGUGA